CGUGUUGACGUAGGGCGCGUGCGCCGCCCGGUCGCUGGUGGGGGAAGGAAGAUGGCGGCUGGCUGCGGUGGGGGCUCGUGAGGCGGCGGUUUCCGGGGCCGGAGGGACGAGACGAGUGGCGAGGCGAUAGGGCGCGGAGUCGGGGUACGAGAGACCGGCUGGACGUCUUUCAGAAACAAGAUAGCCAUGGCCACAGAAAUUGGCUCCCCGCCCCGAUUUUUCCAUAUGCCGAGGUUCCAGCACCAGGCGCCUCGGCAGUUGUUCUACAAAAGACCUGAUUUUGCACAGCAGCAAGCAAUGCAACAGCUUACUUUUGAUGGAAAGCGGAUGAGAAAAGCUGUCAACCGAAAGACCAUAGACUACAAUCCCUCUGUAAUUAAAUAUUUGGAGAAUAGAGUAUGGCAGAGAGACCAGCGAGAUAUGCGAGCAAUCCAGCCUGAUGCAGGAUAUUAUAAUGACUUGGUCCCUCCUAUAGGAAUGCUGAACAACCCUAUGAAUGCUGUAACAACAAAAUUUGUUCGGACAUCUACUAAUAAAGUAAAAUGCCCAGUGUUUGUUGUCAGGUGGACUCCUGAGGGGAGACGCUUGGUCACUGGCGCAUCUAGUGGAGAGUUCACUUUAUGGAAUGGACUGACUUUCAAUUUUGAAACGAUAUUGCAGGCUCACGACAGCCCUGUAAGGGCUAUGACUUGGUCACACAAUGAUAUGUGGAUGCUGACAGCAGACCACGGGGGAUAUGUGAAAUACUGGCAGUCCAACAUGAACAACGUCAAGAUGUUCCAGGCACAUAAGGAGGCGAUUAGAGAGGCCAGUUUCUCACCCACGGAUAAUAAAUUUGCUACAUGCUCUGACGACGGCACUGUUAGAAUCUGGGACUUUCUACGUUGCCAUGAGGAGAGAAUUCUUCGAGAACAUGUCAAAGGUACAUAACUUAAUAGGAGAAUAUAUGAAAGACUGCCAUGAGAUUGAGGGGUGUAGACAUGCAGAUAAACUGCAAACAAGGUAUACAAUAAAAACAUGGAAUUUCAGUUUUAGGUGUGUGAGCUUAAGUGCUUUCCUAAACUAAGGAUUUUUUUUUUAAAUCAUGCUUCCAAAUUGGACCUGCAUUAUGUAUUUUAUGAAGUAGAGCUCUCCCUGUUUCUCUUGACUCUUAAACUCUCGUCUUGUUUUAUGCAUUAUUCUUAAACACCACUGCUUUGAAAAGAUACUGGGCUCCAGCAUUCUUGCAGUGAUAAUAUUCUAACAGAAUCUGUGCAUAGACAUUAUGGUAGAUGUGUUCUUUGCAGGCACUGGCAAGCAAUUUUCUAGGCUAUAUCAUUUACACCUGUUAUUCUGGAAGGACUCAAAUGGAUUUAGGGCUGUUUUGCUUGAUGCUUUACAGAAGAAAUUCUGCACUAAGCACAUUCUCUAUGCUCCUCCAGGUUUGUACUAACUACUUAUGUAAUCUGUGUGGAGGAAAUAGGGAUUGUCUCCACGCAUAGACGUCAAGAUUAUAAAAUUCCCUCCAGUUCUUCUAUAUUCUUUUAACGUUCUGCAUAAAGUAGGAGUAAAGUAUUUAAUUUAGGCUAUGAAGAGCAGAACUUGCAUUAUAUUUCCUUCUGUUACCUUGCCUACUUGAACAUUGUGGUUGUGACUAUAUCUCAAAUAGACUUAUACUUCAAUUUCUUAUCAUUUAUACAUCUCAAAUACACUUUUUAGUUUGCAAAAUAGCUCUAUAAAGAAUAUCUUUACAAUACACUUCAUCUGUUAUGUAAGUUGAAAAUAUUUUGAAGACUUUACAUCUCUGGAUAAAAUUGGACAGGACAGGUUAUUCCUUGUUUCAGCUAUCAGAUAAGAAAAAACAAAACCCCCACAAAAACCCAAACCCCACCACCAAAAAUCCCCCACAACAAAACAGAAAUAAUGCCCAAAACCCUGAGUGUUGGGGAGUGGGAGGGAGGAUGUUUCUGCAAAACAUGCAAGUUUGGUUUGGUUUUCAUCCCUAGCACUAUUGUUAAAUGUGAUCAGGAGACGUAUGGAAGGAGCUAUAUGGGUAACACUUAGUAGCUUGCUUAGUGGAAAAUACAAGGUUUCAUUUUGUUGUUUGGAGUUUAGAGCUUGUGGCUUUAGGAAAUGGAUCUUUAGCUUUCUGCUUCUCCACAUACAUUCUGAUUUUACAUAUUUAGGAGUGUGACCUGUAAAACUUUGCUUUGCUUUUGCCUUCAAACUGUGUUAAUACUCAUGCCAUUGCCAUUCCAAUCUGUAAAGUAAAAUUCUGGUGGGACUUCAUUAAAAAUAUAUUUCAGUACGUACAAAAAGUGUUUAGAUACAAUGCUAAGGAAUUUUUUUACUUCCUGCUUUCACAAACCAUGCUUCAGCUAUUCUGGCUAAUAAUAGUGCUGUAAAGUUGAAGAGAUUCUACAGUGUAGUGUAGAUCCAAAGCAGGUUAUCACACAGAAUUAUAAAAAUCAAAUAAAACUAUCAAUUUACAGUCAGAUGCAUUAAUAAAAAAUAUUAUCUCUCACAGGGAUACAAUAUCAAUAUAUUAUUCCUACUUAUUUUUCAGUAACAAGGAACAUAUUUUAAAAAACAGACUUGAGGACUUUAAUGCUAAGGAAUGCUUUUAAAGCAAUUCUAUAGAGCAUUAAAGGUACUGGGAUAAGCUUUGCCAAUAGAGAAAGGACAAGAUUCUGUAGACUUGUUACAGAUGCUCUUGUUUGCACUGGAAUGAACUAAUAUAACUUAUCUCUGUUAUUUGCUGAAAUUGUUCCCUUUACCUGAAACUGGUCUGAAGGAACAAUUCUAGCCUUACCUUCCAAAGAGGAUUGGAGAAACAAAUUGUAAGUGGUUAAUUACGUAGGACUUAAGGUUUUGCUGGAGUUCUUUCAGCUGCCUACAGUAGGCUGCACAAUUCUUUCAGUAGUUAAAGCCAUGAAUAUGUGGGCUGUAUGAGAAACGCUUAUUAACUGUCCAGCUUCCUUUUAAUUUGUCAAAAUGAAAAUAAACAGGACACCCUGUUUUGUUCUUCAUACAUAAUGCCAGAAGUUCUGGAACUUUUUUCUUUAAUCUGGCUCCGAGUCCCUUUGCUGCCUGGCUUUUUUCUAGUUUGUGUUAUUUCGCUGCUCUUCUACCAUUGUGGCUUUCCAGGGCAUAGUAAGCGGAAUUUGGGCAUUUUGUUAGAAACUUGUGCAGAUUUAUCAGGCUCCUUUUUAAUACCGUAAAGAAAUAAAUAGGAUUAAAAUCUUCCAUUUCUUGGGGAACCAUCUUUAAGUAAUCCAUCUUCAAGUGAAUUAUCUUGGAAGAACUUGAAGGUGGGGGAAAUGACAUUGUCACAGUCACUUACCUGCUUGCUUCCCCUCUGCACAAUUACCGUCUGUCUUUUCUCUCAAGGUAAAGGUGCUGUACUCCUAAUUCUGCACUGGUAGUUUUUGCUUACGUUAAUUUCUGUAGUAUUACGCACUUGAUGAUUAUAACAAGUAUGAUUUGAUGCACUUGCUAAAAUGCACUGAUAGGAAUCAAAUUGAUGUUAAAAUAAAAAUGCUUUCUUAAGAUAACAAGACAUGGAAAACAGUCUCUAGUGAUAUGUUGUUUUCAUGUCAGUCUCUUACUCUGAAAGGCAUUUCCAAUAAUGGCAUUUAUAAUAAAACACUAUCAGGUCUUUAGUCUAAACAGUUGCACUGAAGUUAAUGCCAGGACUCAUGUAAACAGUCCCCAUUUCAAUAAGAACAUACACACUGAUGGCUUUUAAUAAUGCUAAUUACAUCUAGUGAAAAAAUGUAUGCAGUAAAAGCUUGAUGUUGCUUUAUUUCUAUUGAGAAAUUAAUGUUACCCAUGAUGGGACUGGUGGCUGUGAAUCUUUGGGUAUUGGGUCUGGUAAUGUAUCCCUGAGAACAUUUUGGGUAGAUCGUUAGUAAACACAUGAUUCCUUAAUUAUUUUCAGCAUGAAAUCAUGGGUUAGGAGGCUACAAACACUCCAGUAUUGUCAGUUCUACUGUCCUUCCUUCUCAUUCCUUUCCCAGUCACACACACACAAAAUCCAGUAGAAGCGUGUGCUUGGGAGGACUGUAAGGUUUCCAUUCAGAAGUCUGGAUGAGCUAUAUGUUCCCAGGAUUUCAAAGGUUGCAUGGCUUAAAUAGGUCUUUGGGGAGGAUGACUCUACCUAGCUCUCUGAAGGAUGGUAACCCAGGAUUUGGUAUUUUGUAGAUAAAUUUUUCUAUUUUCUGGCUGUAAAAUAAAGUAAUAGGCUAAAUGAUCUUCCAGCCAAUGUGGUAGAUUUAGCAAAAGACUUUUCUUAUUCUAACUUGAACGGUUAAAAGCAAUCAUGAUUCCUUUACAUUCUGUCUGGAUUUAAAAUUUGCAAUUUGUAACAACGUGAUUUAUUACUAGUACGUGAUUUACUCUAAGGAAAGUCUCUUGCCUGUCUUUAAUAUAACAUUGUUCUGCCUGCAAUUUCCUGUUCAGGCAUAACACCAGUGCAAAAACUCAUCACCUACAAAAUAACAUGUGUAUGUGUACAUGCAUGCAGAUGUCACAGCAAUCAUGGGGAAACUUAUUUUUCAUCUGCUCAUAAGUUCUGAAAAAGUGUCUCUACAACUAGUCAUAUUGAAAUGACUGGAGAAUAUUUUAUUACUUCUACUCCAUUUCUGGAUCUUCAUUAGCAAAUAAAAUACCAUCAAGUGUCUUUAGUUGUUUAAAUCUGUUGUAUGGUUUGUGUACUCUGCACUUUCUGCCUGAAAGUGAAGGAUCUCUUCAGAGUUUUCAACAUCCGCUUCCUCAGUCAAAUAGCAAAUCCUGUACUUAAAUUCAGAGAUGAUGUGUUCAGUAGUUAAAAGGAACCUGCGAACCAGAACUAACCAGAACUACAUCUUCAUCUCUUAGCCUUUGAAGCUUGUAGCUUCUAAAACUGUUACCUUUCCCUGGAAUGCAAUUGAACUCUACAAUGGAUAAUGUAAAAGGAGAAAAAAUCCUGAUGUUGCUGUUUAUGUCUGUCUGCCCUUUAUGUGAGGUUUCUCUAUUGUUUUCCUGCUCUCAAUAGGGAGAGAAAACCCAACAAAUUCAAGAAAUGCAUGUAUGUUGUUACUGUGUUUCUUGUAAGGAGGUGUAGUGUUUAAACCUUCAGUUUUUUGUGGGGGCUUGCUUCUUUGGGCUGUUAGGAUUUCAAGUAUAGCUGAUAUGUCUUUUAGUCUCCUGAUGCCUCCCUACAUGAAUGAAUUUUAGAGGGGUUUUUCCUCAGUACAAAAGCCCAAGAUGAGACCUGGCUGAUACUGGCACCAACCAUAUCAAUCUAGAGAAGGAAGUCCUUGAAUUUUUGAACUUAAAGAAUAGCUGUUUUGAAAUGCUAGUAUUGAAUUAGUUAAAUAUCUUUGUUGGUAGAUUUUAGUGGCAGCUUAUGUUCCAGGUCUCUGCUUUGGCAAUGAAGACUCACGAAGAUUCGAAGUUUGGGAUGAGGGAGAGGGAUAAGUUGCAGCUAAGUCUUUUGAGGUACAGUUGUACUGUGGCCGUGCAUCAAACUUUUCAUGUGUUUUAGACACAAGAAAUGUUAGGGAACUCACUCACAGGGAUAUUAAUAGUGAAUCUGUGAGGGUUUGUUCUUUUUUCUUCAUGAGCAGUUCAGAUCACUUUCACAAUUGGUGAUGCAGGAGCCCUGAUGCCACUUUUUUGGGGUUGCAUUCAUGGAGGAUUCUCUGCACAGUCUCAUUUACUUUUUCAACUCACUAGGAAACCUCAGUUGCCUUUGUAAGAUUAAGAGUUAGAAAUACUGUAUACAAUUUCUGGCUUCAUAAAUGGAAGUUAUAAUGCAAAAUAUAUUUUCCCAAUAUCUUUCUCUACACUUUUUCCAGAGUUAAGUAACACCAAGGACUUGGAGCGUGAAUACAUAUACACUUUCUUGAGUUCAUAGAUAACCUCAGUCAUUGCUGCUUGCUAGGGUGGUAGGUAUAACCUGUGCUAGAUGGGAAGAAUACAGUCUCUUCUUGCUUGAAGCUAUUAGUGUUCAGGUGUCAUCUAGCUACUCAGUUUUAUUCCUGAAUAUGACUUUCAAGGCUACAGCAUUAUGGUUUUCCCUGUAUAGGAAAAUAUUAGAGGUAGACUUGUUAAAAUACCUAACUCUAUUUGUGUUAAAUAUAAAAAUCCAUCUGGGAGUUGAGAAAGAAACUUCCUAUUAUGCUGACUUAUGUCAGGUUUCUAUUUGUGAAGUGUUCUGGAUUGGACAAAAAACUUAUUUUGAUCAACUGUACUUAAGGUCCUUGGUUUCUUGAUUAAAAGGUAGUGAUUAGGAGGUAGCUUCAUGAUGCCUUUGCUCUGCUUCCUAAAACAAUGCCAGGAGAAUUAGAGGGUAUUGAAGACUGCUGUCAGAGCUAGUUGCAUCUGAUAUGCCUAAAAGCACUUGGUUUAUAUUGCAGUUUAGUUCUGAGUAACGUUGAAGUACAACAUACUAAGUCUUAGACUUCUGAUUCUCAUGUAGAAUCUAGUGUUUUAAAAAUCCUGAAAAGUUAAUAACUAAGAACGUAUAGAAUUCUCGAUGAAUGAAAGAGAUCGUGAAAGAUGAGCUACAGCACCAUGCUAUAAAAAAAGUUAUACCAGAUGCUUCUGCCAAUGCUUUUCAUGAGACAAGAAUGAAGCAGCUCUUUGCAAGAAUGAGAUUAUUUCAGAUUCAAUUUUGAAAUCUCUUUUCCUCCCUGAAAAUUACCCUGAAGGUGGAAGUUGUAUAGUUCUAUAUAAUGUCUCAUGUUGAGUCCAAGGGCAAAGUUUACACUAAAAAAGCUAUUAAUUGUAAUAAAUAUGCUUUGUUAAGCUUGGAGGAAUAUUGAGAAACCCCAGCGUUUCACAGGACAGCUGACACUUAGUGCUGCUGAAAUACAUGAUACUGCCUUCAGAAGCUUUAUGAUUGCAUCAUUAAGAUUUCUUGCAUCUGCUUCUUUUUGUGUCUGAUAAUUGCAAAGGGUAGAUAAAUACUAAAUUAGGUGAAACCUUUUUUAUGGUUAGUAGAAGUACUUUAGUGCUGAGAACUUUACUGUCACCUGUUGUGACUACAUAUAGAAGUAAACAUAAUAUGGCACGAUACUCUGUAGAGUGGUCAGGAAUUCACCUACAGUGAGAACCACUGGUGCAGCAGUGAGCUUUGUCCUCAAGCCCAGCUCAUUGUUGUUGAGAAAGAAAAACCUUUUUAGGCGGAUUACAUUGAUACUGAUGGAAAAAAUUCCCAAACUACAGGGGCAUUUAAAUACUGAUGCUAAGAUGAUACUAGCCUUCCUUUUCGUAGCUCAAGUGUAAUUGUUGAAAAGGAUGCAGGUUGUAUGUAUUAAGGGUGGUGGCUUCCUGGUGUCUACUUACCCGUAUUUGUCAUAUCAAAGGUUCUUAACACAACAAAAUCAUCUGUAGUUAGCCUUAUGCAAGUUAUGUUAGUAACUCAUCUUCUCUGAUAAAAUCUUAUGUGGAUAAAUACUCAGAAUUGGGAAAUUAAUUUUUUAAUGGAAUCUUUAAUCUGACAUACCAUUUCGAGUGUAACUACAGAAAUAUGUUAUUUCAGAAUAAAGGUAAAAGUCUUCAAAAAAUAAAAACCACAGUUCCCUAGUGAAAAUAAUCCACGUCAGUCCUUAGAAACUUUCCUUGCAGGCCCCUUGACUCCACUCUUUAUUUUGUGUGUGGAUUAAAUGGACCACUUUUUUUUUUUUUUUAUCCUGUAGUUACUGUACUAAAAACUUUUGUGCCUCUAGGUAAGCAUAGACUUUAGAAAGCAUUCGAUACUUUCUUUUGCAUCACUUCAAUCUGCAUACUCAAAUUAUUUCCUAUUAUAGUACAUUUAGCACUGAGUGAUAGUCUAACUUUAGUAGUGAGACACUUUUUUUUUUUUUUAAAAUCACAUGGAUCACAUUGUAGUUCUCGUACAUAAGAUUACACAUUCAUAUGGACAGCCAGGCACUGGAAGAUGGAGAGAUAGCUUGCAAAUAUUUUCCUUAAAAUACAGUGAUAUUUUUCCUUUCUACGUUCUCAUAAGAAAGCUAGUUCUGCUCAUCACAUGUUGUGUUUGUAGGAAGAAACAGAGUCAAAGGAGAAUGUGCUGAAAUGGGAUUGUAUAGCAGACCAGGAGAAAGGGAUAAAUAAGAAUCCUGAAAAAAAUUGGGUGAUAGGCGGCUGGAAAUGAGAAGGAUAGCAAAUGGGAGGAAAGUGGAGGCUGUGUCAGUGUGAAAAGACUUAAUAAAACAACAGCUAGUGUAAUAAUUGAGAAAAGAUAGUGGCAGUGUGAGUAAGGAGAUGAGAAUGAGGUGGUGGAAACUAACAGAAGUUUUGCUCCUGGCAUUGUGGGGAUAAAUCAGGGCAAACUCAGCCGCCAUAGCAGCCAGAGAAGAGGCUGGGUUUUUAUGACUCACUGACACUCAGACACAUGCAGACAGUAUAUAAUGUACGAAGAGUCUGGAUAUAUACCAUAAUGUGUAUCUGAAAAUGUGUAAUAAUAGUACCCAUAUACAUAUAUGUAUUUUUUUCCCUCCUAAUAUCUUUUAAAUUUUGUGCUCUAUGUCAUGACUCUUAGAGACUCAAGUUCAUGUGUCCGAGUAGAGUUCGGAACACAUUCUGUAUUCAUUUGGAAGAUGAGUAUGGAAUGCUAUUUUAGUGAGCAAAUUGUACCAUCAUUCCUACUGCAACUAGGAGAAAGCUGUCUACCAGUUGAUUAAAACUCUUUUUUUUUUUUUUUCAAUAGUCCGUAAGCAGUAAUGUGAAUCUCCUUUCCUUCUCCCCCUUCCCC